GUCCCACACGUGACGGGGCUGUUUACCGAACACUAUAGAAGGCAGAGUUGCGGAGAGCGGGGGAGAGGUGCCGGCGGGACGCGGAUCGGAACCGGCGCGAUGGGAUCCGAGCUGUUCAGCAAGCAGCGGACCCUGGAGCUGAGGCAGCGACACAUUGGGCCAUCGUGCAAGGUGUUCUUUUCUAAGGACCCACUCAAGAUAAUCCGUGCCCAGGGCCAGUACAUGUAUGAUGAGAAUAACAAGAAGUAUUUGGACUGCAUUAACAACGUAGCACAUGUGGGGCAUUGCCAUCCAGCUGUGGUGCAAGCUGCUGCCAAGCAGAUGGAACUGCUGAACACUAAUUCACGGUUUCUGCAUGACAAUCUGGUACAGUACGCCAGGCAGCUCACUGAGACUCUCCCACAUCAACUAUCUGUUUGCUACUUCGUCAAUUCAGGCUCAGAAGCUAAUGAUCUAGCUCUGCGAUUGGCUCGCCAGUACACUGGUCACUACGACAUCAUCACCCUCAAUCAUGCUUACCACGGACAUAUAACAUCGUUGAUUGACAUCAGUCCCUAUAAAUUCCAAGAACUUCAUGCCGAAGCUCAGAAGGAAUUUGUGCAUGUUGCACCAUCCCCUGAUGUCUACAGAGGAAAGUACAGAGAAGACCACCCUGACCCAGCCUCAGCCUAUGCAGAGGAAGUAAAUGUGUUGAUUCAAGAGGCUGAAAAGAAAGGCCGCAAGAUGGCUGCUUUUAUUGCUGAAUCCAUGCAGAGUUGCGGAGGUCAGAUAAUCCCACCACCUGGCUACUUCCAAAAAGUGGCACAAUACGUGCACAAAGUGGGGGGAGUGUUCAUAGCCGACGAAGUCCAGGUUGGCUUUGGCCGAGUGGGGAAACAUUUCUGGGCCUUCCAGUUGCAAGGAGAGGAGUUUGUUCCAGACAUUGUCACCAUGGGCAAACCCAUCGGAAAUGGCCAUCCUAUGUCCUGCGUGGUUACAACCAAAGAAAUUGCAGAGGCAUUCGGAGCGUCUGGGCAUGAAUAUUUUAACACGUUUGGAGGUAACCCUGUCUCAUGUGCCAUCGGUCUGGCUGUUCUGAACGUGAUUGAGGAGGAGGAUCUGUGUGGCAACGCAACAAGAGUAGGAAAUUACCUGAUGGAUUUACUGAGAGAACAGCAAGCCAAACAUGAACUUAUUGGGGAUGUGAGAGGUGUGGGUUUGUUUAUUGGAGUUGACCUGGUGAAAGACCACAGGAAGAGAACACCGGCCAAGGCAGAAGCACAGCACAUAAUCUACAGGCUGAAGGAGCAGAAUGUAUUAUUGAGUGCUGAUGGACCUCAUCGGAAUGUACUGAAAUUCAAGCCGCCAAUGUGUUUCACCACAGCGGAUGCCAAGUUUGUGGUAGAGAAAAUCGAUGAAAUUCUCUCAGAUCUUGAGAGAAAGACCAGAGCGAGAGUUCAAAAUGGGGAGUCAAAUCCAGUGGAAAAUGUCGCAUCCUUGGCACUUUGGGGCAGAAAGAGAAAGAUUGCUCCAACCAACAUUCCCAAGGUGGGCAACAGAUGCACAAAAGAGCUGGACACAAGUGAGACCUUACCGAAUGAAGAGAAUCUAGGUGGAGAUGGUUGCCAUUUUAACAGAACUGAUUGUGGGCAACAACCCAGUCCCUGUCACAACAAACAGCACUGUGCCACGCAGAAGUUUAAGACAUGACCUACCUACCUCUCUGUUUUAACGAGGUUUCCCUCAAACUUGUUGUCAUAAUCAAAUUGCACAUGAAAUGUUUUGCACAAUUUAGUCAUAUUUAGACAGAUUUUUGGUUAAUCUUAAGGUUUUUCACAAAUAUUUUUAUUUUAAUUAAUUUGAAUGGUGACUAUUAUCUCCUUAAAAUUCCCUCUAGGGUUGCUCUCAUUGACCAACUUGCACAAAAUGUAUCCUAGCCUUCUGCUGCUGUUAACACCAAAUGGAUGGAAAGAACCCAAGUCCUCUCUCCUGAAUAUCGUCCCCUACUCAUUAGAGAUGGGCUGAUGUGUAUUCAGAAUCUAAGGUUUUUUUUUAUUUUUUCUUGAAAUUGUUGUUUUUAACAGAACAGUUCUCCUGAGCUAGAAUAAGUACAAGGAAUUCUACUGGUAAGCGCUAAAGAAUCAUUGUUGGAGUCACCACACUGCUCAGCUUAGUCACCGAGUCCUACAGCACAGAUUAAGUUUCAGUCGAUAGUGUCCAAACAUGCAGUAUCCAUCCAUACUAAACCCAUUAACCAGUAUUCAGUCAGAGCCUCCUAUACUUGGGCAAUCCAAAUGCUUGUCCAGGUGCUUUUUAAAUUUUGUGAGAGUCCAAGUUCCACUUUGGCUGUGUCUUCCAGAUUCCAACCACCCACAAGAUGAACAGGUUCUUCUUCAAAUUCUCCAUAAACUUCUUACUUUUCACUUUAAGCCUAUCCCUCUGCUUCUAGACAUCUUUGCCAUGGGGACGGGUCUCUUAUUUUCUACCUUUCUAUGUGUCAUAAUUUUGUUCUCAACCUCACCACUCCCACCUCCAGUCACCAACAACCAUCCAUUUCUGCAACAAGAUAUACAAGCUCAAUCUCUCCUGACCCUUUUCAUAGCUGAAAUGUCCCAUCCUAGGCAACAUCAUGGUGAAUUUCCUCCUACCCCCUCAUCCUGAGUCAACCAGAGCCCCAAGGAAGAUAUGCCCUGGGCUCUUUCCCUCUGCAGAUGAAAGGUCUAGGCUGCUUCACUGUUUUUACUGUCAAAGACCACAAUGACUGGAAAAUCCUUUGGGAUCUAUUGAUAUUUCAGUAUAAAUUGUUGAGUUUAGUUCUGUGCCGUGCACAAGUUCAUCAAACUGUUGUAUUUGUCAUUUGUGAGAUUUGGAUGGGAAGAGUUUUGGAAGUCUUAGGUGAAUAGCCAAAAGAAUCCAAAACUUCCCUUUUGCAAAUUACUAGAAGCAUGAAUUUAAAUGUUAUGCUCACUGAGGCUCAAUUGUCCACAGCUGCAGCUUACUAACAACAAAAACCUCUGAUACUGUUGCAGUAAUACUGUCAGAUUACUGGCAUUCUAUCACAUCUGGCUCCGGAAAUCAGCAACGUGACAUUGUUGGUUUAACUGGUUGGGGUGUGCCCGUCAUUGAUGACAGCAGCACAUAUUUUCCAUCUCUAAUUACCUUUGAACUGGAAUUACUUAUAAGACAGUCAUGAAUAGAACAGCAGAUUCACUUCCCCAAAGGACUUUGUUGAAUCAAGUUUUUUGUAAUAUUGAUUCACUACUUGUCACAAUCACUGAUAAUAGCUUUCAAUGUUCUUGAUCUAUUUGAUUAUAUAAAUUUACCAAUUGCCAUAAAUGUAUAAAAUAUUUGGUUCAAAUUUUUGGAUUACUGUAUUGUAACCACUACAGUAUAUUCCACAAUAUAAAGUCAUUUUGUAUUCAAAUAGAAAUUUUUAAUUUUGAAACAUGGUCUCUAAGAAUACACUAGGCUCAAAUUACACAGGUAGUUUAUUAAGUUUACGGCUCUUGGUGGUACAAGCAGUUGCUGAAGCUCUUCAAUUUAAAAAUAAAUCCUUGUCAUGAAAGCUUUUGACUUCCACAACACCUUCAUGUGGAUUUUCUAAAAUUGUUUUAAAAAUAAUCAUGGGUGAUUAUGAUUGCCUAGCUUGCUACUUGAGUCAAGUUUCUUGACACAAUUUGGUUUCUAUCUCCAGGUUAACAAAUACUUUAGAGAUUUGAAAACUAAUUUAGGGAGAUUGAUUUUUUUUAAUAAUGCAUUUGCUUCCUAAAUGAUCAAAUUUCUACAGAAGCAGUUCCUCAAGUACCCGAGCAAGCAACCAGUCCUUGCAUCAAAGCUGAGAAUUUUUUUAAACCUAAAAUCAAAUGUCUGCUCUAUGGUGCAAGCAAAUCAGCAGUUCAGAAAAGUCAAGGAAUAAUGAAGAUAACUUCCUCAAAAUAAAGUACGGAUCAUUCACUCAGUAGUCAGCUUAUUAGGUACUGCAUCUAAUAAAAUAGCCCCUGAGAAUAUGCUUGUGGUCUCCCGCUGCUCCAGCCCAUCUUCUUUAAGGUUCAACGCGUUGUGCAUUCUAAAUCGCUCUUCUGCAUUCCCCUGUUGUAACAUGUAGCUAUUUGAGUUACUAUCACCUUCCUGUCAGCUUGAACUAGACUGGCCAUUCCCUUCUGACCUUGCUCUUAACAAUCCACACAACUGCCACUCAGGGAGUGUUUCUUUUUACAGUAUUUCUCGCAAACCCCAGAGACUGUUAUGCAUGAAAAUCCCAGGAGAUCAGCAGUUUCUGAGACAUUCAAACUACCCCAUCUGGUGCUAACAAUAAUUCCAUGGUCAAAGUCAGUUAGAUCACAUUUCUUCCCCAUUCUGAUGUUUGGUCUGAACAACAACUGAACCUCUUGACCCUGUCUGUGUGCUUUUAUGCAUUGAGUAGCUGCUAAGCAGGCAGAGCUACGUUGGCACUUGACAGUGACUUCUUUGAGCUCAUCUGCGGAAACAGCUUAAUUUCUACCUUUAACUUCUCUCUUUUUCUGAGUUUUUUGGCCUGAACAACAACUGGACCUCUUGACCAUAUCUGCAUGCUUUUAUGCAUUGAGUUGCUGCCACAUGAUUGGCUCAUUAGUUAAUUGCAUUAAUGAGCAGGUGUACAGGAGUACCUAAUAAAGUGGCCACUGAGUGUAUUUUUUACGUUGUCUGUCCAGGCCAUAAGUAUUUGUUUAACACAAAGCAAUUCUCAACUUGAAAACACAAUCCAGGGCCUCAUUUUACACAUGUGCUUCCCUUUUAGAUGAUUUUUAAAUUUAAUAAAAUUAGAGAUACAAUAAUCUUUUGAAAGGAUUGUGGACCUGAACUUGCUGAUUGAUUGCAGUCAGUGAGGAAGUUCUCCUGUUUAUUAGUUUAAAGAUAUAGUUCACAAAUAAACUUAUCAUUUCCCUGUUUUAACAAGGGAUAAUCUUUACCCAGGAUCUCUGAAUGCUAAUACGGGUCAUUUGUUGACCAAAAAGACAAUCAACUCUAUUGAGAAAGUAACCUUUGAACUACAAAGCAAGAACUAGUAGUUAUAAAGAAAACGUAAGAAUCGGAUUCGCAAGCUACUACACUUAAGCUAUCUUCAGUAAUUCAUACCUUUCCGAAAGAAAAUUUAAGGGAAAUGUGGAGAAUGAAAUAAUCAGAAGCAAAAUGGUACACUGAUCUAUAGCCCUGUUCAGAAAGCUGCAGUGCUGCUCAGUUGCACUCAACACCACCCACUUUCUGUGGGCAGCAAAAUAAAUUCAAACUCCACUACAACCAGGGAACCAAAAUCUUUAAAUUCCUCUAAAGCCACUCAUUCAAAUUGCGUUCCAGGAGAUCACGCCAACCACACAUUAUCUAUUAUCGAAUAUAUUUUUUAUGCACAGUGAUGACAAUUAUGUUCCAGCUUUUCUUUGAAACAUUGCAAUGAAUUUGCUCUUGCCGCAUGAACUACAAACAGGUUUUAAACAUUGUUUACUGUAACAAAAAACCCUCUGGUUAUCUUAUCCUGUUCAGUGCUUAAAUAGUUUAUAGAGAGAGCACCUCAUUUACCCUAACCAAUCUAGUUCAAAUUCUCUGUUCACUCAGACAAUGGGAUAAUUUCUUCCCAAAGGUGAUACUUGCCUGUGGUAAAACAGCCCAUCUCCAGUGUAUGUAACUGGGUAACUAAACGAUUAUAAACAAAGGACUCUUUCACUCACCAGGGAUCUUUUCAUGGCUGCGUUAGUAAAAUCCUCUCCAAUUUGCUCAUAAGUGGCUAUUUAAUUGGUUUGUAAUGUAAAAUGGCUGCUUGUUGAUUUACAAUAUUAAUGUUUCAUAUUUCUACUACCUCAUCUAAAAUUAAGUAGCAGGAGCUUUAAAAUAACAGCAACUUUGUCUUUUUGUGUGGAACUACUGUAUAUAUGAUCAUUUUAAUUUUCUCUGAUAUGGUGCUAUAAUAUUGUGAUCAUUUUUCUGAAGCUGUUUCUCAUCACUGCAAUGGCAAUAGCUUAAAACAAAUCUGCACAAUUGUAAUAAAAUACUUGGCACCUUUGAGUUGCAGCCAUCUAAAAGUAUGUGCUGAACCU